AUGGGCAAGAACUUCGACGAAGCCGUGUUACUGAAAUCUCUCGAGGGGGUUCCAGACGCAGAGAAAGUGCAGAAACUGCUUAAGAAGCUCGCUGAAUCAGAGAAGCAGAACGCUGAACUGAAGACGAAAGUUUCUGACUAUGACAAAGUUGUGAAGGUGAAAGAUUUGAUGGAGAAGAAGUUGGAGAGAAACAAUCAGAUUCUUCUCCGUACUGAAGAGGCAAAGAGCAAAUUGGAAGAACUAUGCCGUGGUCUUCAAAAAGCGAACCAGCAGACCCGUGAUGAGUCGAUUACUAAGAUGAAAAAACUCGAAUUAGAGAGAGCUCAAGCUGUGGAGCAACUUAAGAUAACUCUCAAGGACAUUGAAAAGACCAUGACUGAGGGAAGAGCCAAGUCUGAUUUAUUGUCGGAAGACAAUAAGAAGCUCAGUGAGAAGUUCAUUGAAAUUGGGCAGCAAUAUGAGGAGAGAAUGAAUGUGGUUGAUCAACAAAUGCAGAAGAAGGAAAAGUAUUGGGAAGAGUUUGGAAAGGCCAAGGAUCUUGAGAUAAAGCUUCUUCAAGCUAAACUUGAUGCGUCUUCAAUCCAAGUCAGAAAAGCUGGAAUGGAGAAGGACGAACUGGCGAGGAUCAUGCUGGAGGAGACCGCCCGUGUUGGUGGAGCUUUGCAAACGGAGAAGGCGCUUCGUGAUCAAGUUAAGGAGUAUUCUGACAAGUAUUCAGAGUUGACCAGUUGCCUGUCGAAAAGCAAUGAAGCGUUUGAUAAAUUUAAGAAAGAGAUCGACAGAGUAAACUCAAAGUGUCUUACGAUUGAGAAGGAUAAUCUUUCGACCAAGAAGAAGUUUGAACAGGCUAACCAGAAGGUGUUGGUAUUAACCAUGGAAAAUCAAGAGUACAUCGAAAAGAUCCUAGCCUCGAACAAGAAGAUUCAAAUGCUCGAGAAUCUGUGCCGUGCUCUCCGCAAGGGCGAAGGGGAAACUUCAGAACCGGCGACCAGUACCGCGGAAAACUGA